AGUUAUAUGUGUAUAAGUUAUAAAUAUUGUAAAUAAAAUGAAUUCAUUUAUGUCAAUAUGUUUUCGGACAAAUUUAGUGAAAAAAUCAAACUUUUUGACAAAUACUGUAUUGAAUCGAUUGAAUAGCACUUUAAGUGAUAGUGGUUUUGGAUUUGAGUUAACGGCAGAACAAAAAUCAUUACAAGAAUUGGCUCAAAAGUUUGCCAGAGAGGAGAUCAUACCUAAAGCCUCUCAUUACGACAAAACGGGUGACUUUCCCUGGGAUGUCGUCAAAAAAGCACAAGAAGUUGGUCUCAGAAAUCUAGGAGUUCCUCAUGAGUAUGGAGGAGGAGGACUAUCAUUAUUUGAUACAUGUCUUAUUGGCGAAGAAUUAAGCUAUGGUUGCACUGGUAUUCAAUCUGCUAUUUCAUCGACUGGUUUAGCUCAGGCACCGGUCAUAAUGUUCGGUAAUUCCGAACAAAAGAAAGAAUAUUUGGGUCGUAUGACUGGUUCAGAUGUUUUAUGUGCUGCCUAUUGUACUACCGAACCGGGAGCCGGCAGUGAUGUGGCCGGUAUUCAGACCAAAGCUAUCAAAAACAAAGAUGGAGAUUACGUGUUAAGCGGACAGAAAAUGUGGAUCACUAAUGGAGGAGUGGCCAACUGGUACUUUGUAUUGGCCCGUACUAAUCCUGACCCGAAAGCUCCAGCGGGAAAAGCAUUUACUGGAUUUAUAGUAGAAGCCAAUAGUCCUGGUGUAGUUCCCGGCCGUAAGGAAAUAAUGAUGGGUCAGAGAGCUUCCGAUACGAGAGGUGUUAGCUUUGAGAAUGUGGUGGUUCCUAAAAAUAACAUAAUUGGUUCGGAAGGAAUGGGAUUCAGAGUUGCUAUGGGGGCUUUUGACUUAACACGAGCACCGGUUGGUUGUGGUGCUGUUGGGUUAGCACAGAGAGCUUUUGACGAGUCUACUAAAUGGAGUUUCGAGAGACACACUUUUGGAGUACCUAUUCAUCAGCAUCAAGCCGUCCAAUUCAUAUUAGCCGAUAUGGCUAUCGGUAUUGAGACGGCUCGAUUGGCUGUCCAGCGGGCCUGUUGGGAGUACGAUAACGGUAGACCCAAUACUUAUUGGGCAUCGAUAGCCAAAUGUUGGGGCGCCGAUGUGGCCAAUAAAACAGCUACUGAUGCCGUACAGAUUUUUGGUGGCGCGGGUUUUAACAGUGAAUAUCCCGUCGAAAAACUAAUGAGAGACGCGAAGAUUUAUCAGAUUUAUGAGGGAACCGCUCAAAUACAACGAGUUAUAAUUGCACGCGAAAUGCUAUCGGAGGCCAAAAAGACUAUUUAAUUUAUUAAUCAAUUUGUUUGAAUGUAUAAUACAAUGAUUUAUAUUGUCUACAAAAUAUAUAUUUUAAAUAACGUUAAAGUUUUUAUUACAAUAAUUAAUAUAAUAGUAUGUUUAUUUGUAACGCAUUAAGUGUUUUUAAGCAAAAAAAAGUCAAUUUGUUACCAGGUUUUAUCACAUAUCUUAACGAUACCAUUGUUACCAUUGUUAGCACCAGUUAUCUUAAAUAGUUUUGUUGUCAAUACUUUUUUCAAUAUAUUGAUAAACAGCUUAUAUGAUAACUAAUACUUAAAGGAUCUCAAAAAAAUAGUAACACAUUAGGAAUUUGUAUAUUAAAUAGUAAAAUAUCUAUAUAUCGUCUUUCAAUUUAUUUAACAUAAAUAAAUUAGCUAUUUUCACAAAUAUAAAUAAAUUUUAUUUUAAACAAGCAGAUUUUAUGUUUAUUGAAUAUUCUUAUUUUUAAAAUGAAAAUCUUAAUAAUUUUAAAUAUAUUGAUAAUAUUAGUUGAGUUAUCUAUUUGUCAAUAUUCAAGAUUUGACAAUUGUGGUCAACUAAAAGAUCCAACAAAAGUACCAAAAGAUGUUAAAGAAUAUAAAUGGUUGACAUUAAUUAAACACGAGUCCAGUACAAGACACUGUAUCGGAAGUAUUAUAGACGAUAAAUGGAUAUUAACAGCGGCCAGUUGUCUGCCCAAACAUAAUGAACCAUAUAAUUACAAAGUGACAACACCCAAUCUACCCAAUCAACAAUUAUCUGUCGAUAAAAUAGUGAAAAAUCCAAAAUACAAUCCAACAUUAGGUGCCGGCUAUGACUUGGCUUUAGUCAAACUGAGAAAUAGUUUGCAAUUAAAACAAAACAAUGAAUUGAAACCAAUUUGUUUGGCUGAAGAAGAUUUGAAACUAAAAAUGACUGACGAAUCAGUUUGUUAUAUAUUAAGUUAUGAAUACAAAAAUGAAAACAUUGACACAACACCUAUAUUUACACCACAAUUAAAAUUUAAAUAUAAUAAAGAUAUUGAUUGUAAACAACAAAUAAUAGCAAUGUUUUACACCGAUAAUUAUAAUGAUAAGUAUAUGUUAUGCGGACAAAUCCAAUCACUGGACACCACCAAAACUAUAUUACCUGCGGCACCGUAUGGUAAUAACGGAGCACCCAUUGUGUGUGAAAAUAAUGGUAAACUUUAUUUGAUGGCAAUAACAUCGUGGGGUUGGACUGAGAAACAACAAAAAGAUAUAUAUAAAAAUCAACUCAAAUGUGACGCCUAUACUAAACUGUUUGAUAAAACUUAUAUCAAUUGGAUUAUUAAAACAUUAAAUGUUUUAGAAGAUUAACUCAAA